GAAGGAUGCUUUGCCAAUUCUCAGGCGCAGCCAUCCCUGGCUGGUCUCGGCCGACUGCGCCGCAACUCCGCUGUAGCGCGGCCGGCAUUAAAGUACACCUAUUUCCCUCUUUGGGCCAAAGGCCCGGCUGUGGCGUUAGCGCUGCAGCACAGCGGUCUGGAAUGGGAAG